AUGAGAAAGGAUGCGAUCAAAACCUUUGAUGAACUUAAGACUUUUUUGAAGAAUGAAGGCAUCAUUCAAGAGAAAGAUUGUGAAUGUGAAAAGAGAACAAAUAAAAAAGAUCCAUGUGCUAAGAAAAUCAAGGCAAAAGCAGUUGGUGUGCUGAAGAUUGAAGAGUUCAUUACAAAAAAAUUGGUUAGUGAAAAGGAAUUGAUACAGCUAGUGAAACUUGGGCCUGUGAUGGUCAGCAUACAAGCAACGGACGAUUUGUUAGCCCACAGAGGAGAGGGAAUAUUUUAUGGAAAUAAAACCAGCAAAGAAAAGAUUCAAGGCAAUCACUUGGUUCUGCUUACUGGGUACAAUAGUGUUGAUGGUCAACACUAUUGGAUUAUACAAAACACAUGGGGUGUUAAGUGGGGAGACAAAGGAUUUGCGAAAAUAGCUCGGAAGAUUAGCCGUGGUAAAGACCAGCCUUCUCUAUUCUCAGAGAUUGUAUACCCAGUGGUUUCUGGAGUUGGGAGCCUAGCAUGA